UGUCAGUGUUGUCAGCCUGCAGGUGCUCCGGAGAGCUCUGCUCAUUUUGCCAGAUAGUGGCCGAGACGCUGCCAUUGUGGGUUUGCCUGGCCUGUGUGUGCCGGGGUGUUCGGGAUGCUGGCAUGCUCUAUUACAACAGCCUGUCAGUUGGGGCGUUGCUGGGUAUGGGGGGUGUUGCUGUUGUAUGUCAGUGGGUGAAUGUUUGUGCGCAGAUGGCAAAGUGAUGAAAAGCCCCCGAUGUUCCUGCCAAGGCUGCUGUGAAGGGCUUUGGCAUCGGGGUGGCUGGGGCGGGUCGGGGAGGCAGGCUGGCAGCUGGCCGCCUCGGUGGGGAUUUCCAUCUCCUUUGGGGCUGCUUGUGAGUCUGCAGGGGAGAUGCUGCAGGACACCAGGGCAAGCCCUGCAGGGCAGGCAGGACCCAGCUCAUUCUUCCUCCCUGCCUCCCUCCAGGCCCAGGGCCCCGGCCAGUGCCCAGCGUCGCUGGGAGCCCCGGCCAGCACCACGGACGGCGCCCAGGAAGCCCGAGUCCCCCUGGACGGGGCCUUCUGGAUUCCAAGGCCCCCGGCAGGCUCACCCAAGGGUUGCUUUGCCUGUGUGUCCAAGCCCCCGGCCCUGCAGGCUCCAGCGGCCCCGGCCCCUGAGCCCUCAGCAUCGCCCCCCAUGGCGCCCACCCUGUUCCCCAUGGAGUCCAAGAGCAGCAAGACGGACAGCGUGCGGGCCUCUGGUGCCCCCCAGGCCUGCAAGCACCUAGCCGAGAAGAAGACUAUGACGAACCCCACAACAGUCAUCGAAGUCUACCCAGACACCACCGAGGUCAACGAUUACUACCUGUGGUCCAUCUUUAACUUCGUCUACCUCAACUUCUGCUGCCUGGGCUUCAUCGCGCUGGCCUACUCCCUCAAAGUUCGGGACAAGAAGCUUCUCAAUGAUCUGAAUGGAGCGGUGGAAGACGCCAAGACAGCCCGGCUGUUUAACAUCACCAGCUCUGCGCUGGCAGCAUCCUGCAUCAUCCUUGUCCUCAUCUUCCUGCGGUACCCGCUCACCGACUACUAAGGCCCCACCGGGCACGGCUGGCCGUGGAGACAAGGCACUGAAACAUGUUCGUUUUCACGCCUGAUGUGACUCAGGAUGCUGUGUGGUUGGGGCAGAGCAGGGCGUGUGCCCUGGAGCCCCCCUGAAGCUGUGACCUGGGCAGAGAGGCCGUCAGAAGCUCCGUACAAUAUGGGGCAGCGAGCUUCGGGCUGGCCCACCCUCUCUGCCUCCUGACCCUCUCCACCUCUGCCUGUUUCUGGGGUCUGUGGACGUCUCCUUGUGCUGCUGCACCCUGGCUUCCGCUGGCUGCCCUCCCUGCCCUCCUGUGCCCCCCCAGGCUCCUGGGGCCCCUCUGACCCGAUACCCAGCAAGAAGGGCUGCUGUGGGAGCUUCCCAGUUUGGGAGUGCUGCCAGCAUCUGGGGACUCACUCUGUCUUCCCUGACCCCACCUCCUCCAAGCUGUGACCCUGCUCAGAGCUCUUGUAUCUGUGAACUUUCAAUAAAAUACCUGUCUGGCUCCA